AUCGGCAUUAGUCAAUAUCAAUAUCUGACUGAUUUGAAUCGAUUAUUUGUAUUAUUUCAAAGGUAAAAUAUUAAAAGCAGAUCACUAUAUCUAAAUUAAUGGCAUAAUUUUGCAAAAAAAAAAAGAAAUAAGGAACACAAGAAUUGCCUAAUUAAGAAUUGAAGAAGAUUAGGAUCCAGGUUUUCAGUAAAAAUGUCACCGUUAAUAAUCCUAUACCGUAUAUGACUCAUUCAAGGACUAUUAUGGACCCAUAAUCAACGAACCAAAUAGAAACACGGAGACGGUUGCUUUGAGACGGUGGGGACGAAGGACAGGGACUUGCCCUAAAAGUACGGGUCCGUUGUGUUUUGUCGGUGUUGUCACUACCCCCUCUCAAGUCUGACCUUCGACUCCAUCACUCCAUCGCAGCAUCGGGAUUUAAAUUCCGAGUCUCUCUCUCUCUCUCUGUGAAGCUGGAUGCCUGGAACAUUCUCAACUCUUCUGCCUCAACCAAGUUAAAUUCUUUUCUAACAAGGCGGAGGAAGCUGAGAACCAUCUCUGAGCUUCGCGGAGCAGAGGAGUUCUGCUAAAAUAGAGGUUGUUGUGUCUUCGUUGUUGGCAUUUGGUCUUCGGAGAAUGAACUGGCGGGAAGCGGAUGGCUGUGGAAGCUGAGGCUGAUGCAACCACGGGGUUAGCUCUGUCGGAGACCGACAUCAAUUGGGACAGUAUGUCGUCGUUACUCGUGAUUGAUUUCCCCCUUUGGGUUUUAAUGGAUUUCAACUUGCUGGAGGGGUGUCUCCAGGAGAAAGCCUCCAGGCACAGUCACUGGGGCUACCACCCCUGUUGGAUAAGUCAAGGUUCCAUGUCAUUGGAGCUAUCCUCUUUACUGCUCAAUCAGCCUUACUACAUCCUAUUGGAGUUGUAAAAACUAGAAUGCAAAUAGCUGGAUCCGGACUGGCACAUAUCCGCGGAGUUUCAGUAUUCAGGCAUAUAAUGAAAAAUGAUGGUAUCCCUGGUAUUUUCCGAGGUUUUGGUACUUCUGCUGUUGGAUCACUGCCUGGUCGGGUUUUGGCUUUAACUUCACUUGAAGUAUCGAAAGAUAUGAUGCUGAAAUAUACUGAAGGUUUAGACAUUCCCGAAGCAACACGUGUUGGUAUUGCAAACGGAGUGGCAGGCAUGCUUUCAAAUCUAAUCUCCUGUGGGUACUAUGUGCCUUUAGAUGUGGUUUGCCAAAGACUAAUGGUACAAGGCCUUCCAGGGACAACAGUUUGUACUGGACCAUUUGAUGUUAUUCAUAAAGUGAUAAAGUCUGAGGGAUUUCGUGGUCUGUAUAGAGGUUUUGGAUUAACAAUUGUGACCCAAUCUCCAGCCUCUGCACUUUGGUGGGGUGCCUAUGGUGCUGCCCAGCAUGUCAUUUGGAGGAGUUUGGGCUAUUCAAACGAUGCAGAGAAGAAACCAUCUAGUAUGGAGAUGGUGACUGUCCAAGCUACUGCCGGAACUGUGGCUGGUGCUUGUUCCUCAGUUCUCACUACUCCAAUAGACACCAUAAAGACACGACUUCAAGUCCUGGAUAAUUAUGGUGUUGGUAGACCGUCGGUUAUGAAGACGACAAAGGCACUCCUUCAAGAAGAUGGGUGGAGAGGCUUCUAUAGAGGGUUUGGACCCCGUUUUUUGAAUAUGUCACUCUAUGGGACCUCAAUGAUCGUUACUUAUGAACUAAUAAAGAGAUUAUCCGUAAAGCAGCUGUGACAUUCUGACAUGGCAUAGGUUCCAUCUUCCUAAAGUUAAUGUAGCUCAUGUUCCCAAGAUAUUACGAGGUCUGCCAUGGAAUUGCAAGAGAUGGAGAUUAGCAGGUUAUCGUUUCUCCCAUUUCUUCUUCACGCCAGAAAUGACUGGCAAUAUAUAUUUUUCUGAAGGUGGUAUUGCAUCUUUCUAUUAGUAGGGGGGAAAAUGAAAUUCCUAGAAGGGGCUUAUAUGUUGUGCAAUGUUGGGUCACAAAGUGGCACCUCUAAUAUUUCUUGAGAUGCCAUUUUAUUUUAUUUUAUUUUAUUUUUUUCGGGUACUUUAGAAACAGUUCUUUUUCUUAAUAUUUUUUUGUGUUCAAGAUGGUGGUGGCUGACUAGUUCCUAAGAUGACAAAGUUACCUGUGCUGUUUGAUUGGCAUUAUUUGAGCUGAAAAUAGGAGGCGAAGUUUUUGUUUGAUUAUUUGAUACAGUCAGAACGAGGUGCAAUUUUUAUUUCAUUUUCUAUGCAACUAUUGAAGCUGUCCCUCAUAAAUCUUCGUUGUUGAGCCUUAUCUGUUUCCAAGCCAGCAAUAAUGCUCAGGUAAAGUUUGAAGUCGGAUCUUCUUUUCAAUCAGAACCUCCCCUCUCCCUGUUGUCAGGGGUAAGAGUAAUCGUUCGAUCACUUUGAAAAGAUGAAGGAAAGUUUUGUAAUCAUGAUUAUGUAAUUUAUCUACAACUUGUAUCAUGUUUGGUAAAUUUUUCUUUUUUAAAGUAAAGUUAUUCUAUUUUUCAAA